AUGGCUACAGGUAUCGAAGAGGGCAAGACCGUGGCGAUUCUUGGAAGAGAGCACAAGAAGCCGAAGAAGCCAGACAAGAAGAUGCGAGAGGAGCAAGAGGGUGAGAAAUUAUUGCGAGUGUUGUAGAU